AUGGGUGGGUGGAGCAUGUCGUUGAUGGUGGGUUUGGUGUUCAUGAUGAGUGCGAUGAGCUUAACAGAGGCACAAUCUGGUGGCACCAACACCACUUGUGCUUCAGACCUAAUUCCAUAUGCGAACUACCUUACUACCCCUAACCCACCCGCUUCUUGCUGCAAUCCACUCAAACAAACAGUUGCAACCCAGCUUCCCUGUCUCUGCAACAUUUUCUUUACUCCUGGUUUGCUUCAAGGUUUUAAUAUCUCUGUCGAUCAAGCUCUUCAACUUAGUCGUUGCUGUGGUGUCACCAGUGAUCUCAGCAGCUGCAAACAGGGUACACUCACACUCAGAGGGUACGCUCGUAAUAUGGUUAUUAGACAAUGUGACUAUUUAGAUAGAUAA